AUGACGCUGUCCACCGCCCCCCUGAGCCUGCGGACCGCGCUGGUGUGCGCGCGCACCGCGGGCGAGAACCCCAUCGCGCUGAUCUGCUCGAAACAAGAGAUGGAGCAGCGGCUGCACCUGCCGCAGGGCAAGCGCGCGCGGCUCGGGAAGCACCGCGCGCCAAUCAAGGUGCUGCGGGGCCGGGGAAAGGGAAUUGCCGACUCGACUGGCGCGACGGGGAGGGGGCAGAACAUGAUGCCCGUGGAGGCCGAACCGGCGCUCAACCUCUGCAAGGCCAUCGGGGCGAUGAUUCUGACCAGGCAAGGCGUUCGCAGGACGGGCCGCGCCGCGCAGAACGUCCAAGUCAUCAAUGUGGACGAGAUGGGGAAUGCCGCGGCCUGGAUCCAGCGCCUGGACCGGCCCAAGGUCGGGGUCAAGCACCAGGCGACGUGGUUCCCGGAGUGGCGCCCGAAGCCGUCCGUCGCGACGCAGAUGUCGAAGCAAUUCGGUGGCGACCGCCCCGUGAUACAAGUGCCGCUGCCGGCGACGCCGCCCGCCGCGCUGCCGCUCACCGUCGGGCCCUCGCAGUCCUCGCCGGCCCGCGGGCUCUCGAUGGACGAGAUCCUCCGCAGCGUCGGAGCCACGCACGAGUGCGACGCGUCGGCAGCGGCCGCCCACGGGCACCGCGCGGGGGGCUCCGCGUCGAAGGCGGCGGACGGGCGCCGCGGGCGCGGCGGACGAGGACGCGGACAUACCGACGCGCCGCCGGCCGCGGUGGCGGCGGCCGCCGACGGCGACGUCGACGCGGGACGUGCGGCGGCGCGCGCGUUCGCGCGCGUCGCGGACAGCGCGGGGAUGAGCGAGGGCAUCGCGGCGGAGGGCGCGGGCGUGGAGCACGACAGCGGCGGGCAGAAGAAGCCGGCCAGCGACGCCGCGCGCACUCCGACGACGGAGGACCGCGCCGCAGCGGGCGCCGGGGGCGCGGGGCAGGAGGACAAGGCCGCGGGCGGCGAGGAGGGGUCGGAGGGGGAGUCUGGGGACGAGUCUGACAGGGAGCCGGAGUUCCCCCCCGGGUUCAGAAUGCCGACGAAGCAGGAGCUGCGCAUGCUGGGCAUCCGCGCGGCCGACGGCGUGGCGGCGAUCGUCGCGGCGCGCGCGCGCCUCGACGCCGGAAAGACGGACAGCACGCCCCAGAGCGCGGGCCGUCGCCCGCGGCGCGGCGCCGCCACACAGGCCAACGAUCGCCUCGCCGGGAAAGCCCCCAACGUCCUCGCCGCCGCCAACGCGCAGCUCGCGGCGGUGUACGCGGCGCCGCAGUACGCGCAGGACCAGCGCCCGAGCGCCGUGAAGCAGCGCAAGACCAAGCCGAAGCCGCCGCCGCCGCCCCCGCCGGAGCCGCUCACGCCGUCGGCGUCGUCGUCCGAGGAGGAGGAGGAGCGGCCGCGGCGCGGGCGGCCGCGCAAGGUGCAGCAGCGGGACUCGCUGCCGCCGCAGCCGGAGGCCCGGCCGGUGGUGCCUGCGCCGCUGCCGCCGCAUAUGGCCGUCGCCAUGGGCAAGCUGCAAAUGGACUCGCUGCCCACGGUCGACGAGAUGCGCGGCGAGAUCGAGCAGGAGCAGCGGUGGCUGAUGCAGCCGCUCGGGGCCAUGCCGUCCGGCCCCUCGAAGGUCCCGGGGGGGGUCCCGGCGGACGCUGUGCCGCCGCACGCCGCGCGGUGCGUCAUGGCGGUGGAGGCGUGCUUUGCGAUGGAGGCCGAGGUCGGCCCGCAGCUCGCGCGCGCGCUCGGCGUCACCAGCGACCCGCACGAGCUCCUGCGCCGCUGGAGCACCGAGGACGUGCGCGCGUUCGCGAACGGCAUCGUGGAGGAGUUUAGGCUGCAGGAGGAGCGCGGCGUGGCCGCCAACCACACGAUCGACGAGUGGGACGACUGGUGCGUGGAGCCGGACCUGCGGCUCAUUCAGAGGCACCACGUGUCGCACAAGGCGUACCACGAGUGCGUGGCGUUUUUCACUGGGGUGUGGUUGACCGGGAUCCACCCCGAGGCGCGGAAGGUCGUCCAGGAGUGGUUCCAGACGCCGCCGUACCCCGGCGGCGAGCGCCCCGUGGCGAAGCGCGAGGAGGACGAGGCCGCGGGCGGCGGCGCUGACGCGGACGGCGCCGGGGCGGCGAAGGAGGGCGCCGACGGGGAGGAGGGGGCGGAGGCGGCGAACGGCGCGGCGGAGGCGGAGGCGGCCAAGGCGGCCGAGACGCCGAAGCCCGCGGGGCCGAAGAAGCACGCCAGCCACUACGACGGCGCCCCGAGCCAGAAGGACUGGCUGGCGGUCAACGACUGGUAUCGUCCGGAGCCGUUUUGGGACCACAAGAAGGAGUUGGCCAAACAGCAUCACAUGCGCAAGGGACGCGCGAUCGACGACGACGACGGGGACGACGCGGCCGCGACGAGGAAGAAGGCGGAGCGGCGCGCGCGCGACAGGAAGCGCGCGCGCGAGCGCCGCCGCGAGUUGGCGGUGGCGGGCGACACGUACAUGGCGCAGCCAGCGGGGUCCGGCAGGGCGCGGAAGCGGCGCGCGGGGUCGCCGAGCGGCGGCGCGAGCCCCGCGACGGGCGGCGGCGGCGGGAGCGAGGCCGCGAGUCCGAAGACGCGCGGGACGGCGGGGGGGUCUGGGAGCGGGGGGGGGAGUCAGACGCCUGCGGCGUCGGAGGAGCGGUACGAGGCGGGCGCGGGCGGGGAGGAGGACGGGGCUGUGGCGGAACCUGCGGGCGUCGUGACGGGGGAGUGA